AUAACAUCAGACAAUCGAUCAUAUGGAGGGGUACAUCCUCUGGUGGCGGCCAUAUCGCACCAGACACACCUCUCUGGCUUGGUAGAGAAAGCGUUGCAGUGCCUCCCAGAAACAUCCUCUGCAGACUCAGAGAAGUGCCUUUCCCUUUGGAGCAAUGAUCAUGGCAGAGCAACCAUACGAAAGAAACCGGAGUUUGUGACGGUCACGAGAGGGCCUGGUAUAAGGGUGAGCUUGAUGGCAGGUUUGGACUUCGCGAAGGGGCUCUCUGUAGCAUGGCAAGUUCCACUCCUCGGAGUGAACCACAUGCAAGCCCAUGCCCUCACACCUCGACUUGUCAAUGCUCUCAAUGCAACAGACCAAACAUCUAAGCAGCUGACGCCUGCAUUUCCUUUCUUGUCGUUGUUGGUUUCGGGAGGUCAUACGAUGCUUGUUCACUCCAGGUCCCUAUGUGACCACGAAAUCAUAGCAAAUACGACUGAUAUUGCCAUUGGAGAUAUGAUUGACAAAUGUGCCCGGGACAUACUUCCGCCUCCAUAUCUAGCUUCGGCCAAGGAUGUGAUGUAUGGGAAGUUGCUGGAAACAUUCGUGUUUCCCCAGCAGCCUUCGAGAUAUGAUUAUACCCCGCCAUCAUCCUUCACUAGAACGCGCACAUCCACAGACCCAACCCACGAUUGGGUUAUCAAUCCACCAUACCAGGCCCCUGGUAAUCAGGGAUCGAUUGGACAUGCACACUCUUUCACAUACUCUGGAAUUGGUUCAUCAACACGGCGAGUGCUUGAGCGAAAGCCAGACAUGGAUUAUGGUGAGCGGCAAAGUCUCGCAAGGGUUGCGAUGGAAGUAGCUUUUGAGCAUUUAGCUUCGCGGGUUCUCUUUGCCCUUGAUCGGCCUGACAUCAAGAACAUCAAAGCUUUGGUUGUCUCAGGAGGUGUGGCAAGCAAUCAUUAUCUCAAAGAGAUACUGAGGCAAAAUCUCAACGCCAAUGGAUAUGGAUCUGAUCAAAUCGAAUUGUUAUUCCCUCCGCCACAAUUCUGUACCGACAACGCAGCAAUGAUUGCAUGGACAGGAAUGGAGAUGUACGAGGCUGGCUGGAGGACGAAACUGGAUGCACUGGUAACGCGGAAAUGGGCUAUUGACCCUAGGUGUUCAGAUGGUGGAAUUUUAGGUCUCGAUGGCUGGAAGAAUGUCAAAUCUUGAUCCCGAUAUCUUUUGCAAACUUCGUUGUCCACGCUUCUUUCAUACAUUAUUCUCUGCUGCUGGCUUUGUUCGACUGGUAGUUGCAGUGACUUAUGGAGACUCAUGAUCGUCUUGCCCUUCAUCUAAGGUUGCUUGCCUAAGAUCGGCAGUCAGUUGCUACCCAAUCCAAUAAUGGAAGCCGUGAAAAGGGGUGCAGAUCGAUUGGGCUAUGGUAUCACAAGGUCGGAUUGUAGUGGAGCUUGUGGACGCUGGAGUUUGGUUUAAAGCAUUCCUUUGUGAGUGAAGAGAGUGGUCCGUCUUGCCUGCUAAAACACCGUGCUCAUUGACGCCUCCUUUUAAAUGAGUUCCGCUUGUUGACUUCUUAGUAUGUUCAAGCCGCAUAGAUGGAAAUAAG